AAUCAGUCCUACUACUUUGAAAUCUGUCCAACCAAUUUGAAUCAUAAUUUUUCUGAUGCGCACGAAUAAUAAGCGACCAAAAAAAACUAUGAUAACGUAUUUUAGUGAAUAAUAAUAAUGACUGUUAAGUACAAACUUGGUACGUCACAGCACCUACACAGUGUUAUCAGCGAAGUGUCUACCUGGACUUCAGAACUUGCGCCAAAGAUGACAACGCUGUCAGGGGAAUUGUCAGCAAUCGUAAACACAAACUAAUGUGCACAUCAUGAAAUCGCAACGUGAACUUCAACAUUUAUAAUUUGUUAUUCUAAGUUAUUAAAUACACCGUAAUUUGUGCAAUUAAUCUGUACCAACUAGAAUUGGCAGAUUUUCUCUACCGAGAUCGAGGCUCGGAUUGAGGUUACAAAACCCAUAUUUAUCCAGGAAUCUUAAUUAAUUUUCUAAGCAACAAAGGUAAACUACUUAAACCUAAAAUGUACUUAAUAUCUAAUGCUUAAGUACCCUAGAUACAUCGCUGUGCCUCUAGCAAGUCCCAUACACGAAUUCAGGUCACGGGAAAUUAAGUUUACUUGAACUCAUGAAACGUAUGUAUAGAAUAUGCCGCAUAAUCAAAUAACCUAACCGAUGUAAAUUUCAUUAUAGGAAUUUUUUAACCGUCCCUGAAUAAACGAGUUAAGAAAUCGGAUACUGUCUAUUAUUGUUACUGCCGUAACAAAUUAAAAAAUUCGUUUCCCGUGCAAAUCAAAGUGGGACUGAAAUAUGGCACCGCUUGCACCACCCGAACAUAACUGUCCGCUGUGUCAAUCCGAUGACGAUAGCCAUAUGGUUAGCUGCGACCGAUGUAACGAAUGGUACCACUUCGAAUGCGUCGGAGUGACGGACGAUAUCGCCAACCAUUCUUGGGUUUGUCUGAAAUGCACGAAAACAGAUGCCUUAAAUCCGCCAUCCAAAUCUACUGGUGCAACGUCCAAAGCUUCGAAGCCUCAGGAGACUGAGCAAUUAGACGGCCCUCGAAAAUUGGCCCCACCGGUCGCACCCGCUCAAACAUCACAACCUCUCCAGUUAUCAGUAGACUUGCAGCUAAAAAUGCUCGAAGAAGAACGUGCCAUUGAGCGAAAAUAUCUUAUGCGAAAAUACCAGCUAAUGAUGGAAGCUUCCAGAACCGCGAAUCAUCCUACACACUCUCACUCGGAUGACAGUUUUUACAAUCCACCAUGCCACUCCUCUCCACUACGACCAGUUCCAUCCAUCGCACCCGAGCUCCAUCUCCUUGAAGGUACAAGAGGAGCGAACGAGACAGCAUUGCUGAAUUCUAGCCAAAUUGCUGCUCGUCAUGCAGUGUCAAAAGAGUUACCCGUUUAUAGUGGCGAGCCAGAGGAAUGGCCACUAUUUAUCGCUACAUAUGAAAAUACAACCAAACUAUGCGGAUACACGCCGGAAGAGAACAUGGUCCGGUUACAACGAUGUCUUCGCGGCAAAGCACUGGAGGCAGUCAAGUGCCAGUUAUUACACCCGGCUAAUUUGGAACACGCGCUUGCUACGUUACGAAUGUUGUUUGGUCGUCCGGAAAUCAUAGUUCACAGCCUUAUCGAAAAGAUCAACAAAAUUCCGGCGCCUAGAGCAGACAGACUCGGCACGCUCAUAGACUUCGCCCUCGCAGUGAGAAACAUGGUUGCCACCGUGAAAGCUUGCAACUUGGAGGAGCAUCUAUAUAACAUCACCCUACUCCAAGGCCUAGUGGAGCGAUUGCCAACAAUGGUUAAACUGAAUUGGGCGACACACCGGGUACGGCUUGGAACAGUAUCACUUUUAGAGUUCAGCGAUUGGUUAUAUACCAUGGCAGAAGCAGCAAGUACAGUCACGAUGUCGCCUGCUACGUCUGUUUGUAACGAUGCAAGAUCCCGUCGAAGUGGCCAUAGAGAGGAUGGAUUUCUAAACGUCCACACCGAAAACCAACAAAGGUAUGUAUCGCCACAACGACCGAGAGGUAACUGUGUCGUUUGUGAACGAUCUUGCAGUGCUACUGAAAUUUGCCCAGAGUUUCUAAAUAUGAACCAUUCCGAUCGUUGGACUACACUACGCGAACACAAGCUUUGUAGAACUUGCCUUGGAACGCAUCGAGGACCUUGUCGAUGCAAUGACAUCUGCGGCAAAAAUGGCUGCACCUACAAGCAUCAUCGUCUAUUACAUAAUGAACGCAACGAAGCAUUCAACGGCGCUGCUAGGAAUCCUGUACAAUCCUAUGUAGGUGAAAACCCAACAACCAACAUCAACUUUACCCAACAAAACUGUAAUACUCACAGGCUAAACGAGAAAUCGGUGUUGUUUCAAUAUAUUCCUAUUGCUCUACAUCACAACGGAAACACAGUACAUACCUACGCAUUCGUGGACUGCGGAUCCGACAUAACAUUACUCGAAGAGGAUUUAGCCGCUGAUUUGAACCUGCAUGGUGAAAAACAUCCUUUGUGCAUCCGUUGGACUGCCGAUCACUGUCGUUUUGAAAACUCUACCGAGCGAGUUUCACUCCAAGUAUCCGGAUUAGGUAACAAAACCCAUAAGUACAUACUACCUGAUGUAUUUACGGUAAAGGACCUGAAACUACCAACACAGUCACUCGACGCAAACAAACUGCGUAAACGAUAUAGUUACCUCAGAGGGCUAUCCGUUGAAUCUUACUUCAAUGUUCGUCCCCGACUGCUUAUUGGAAUGAACAACAUCCGGCUCGGUCAUGCUUUGGAUAGCCGUGAGGGUAGAGAAAACGAACCUAUCGCAACUAGAACACGUCUUGGCUGGACUAUCUUUGGAACCUGUUCAGAUGAUCAUCCCAAACCAGUAACCGCACCCUACAGCUUCCACAUAUGUUUGCACUCAAACUUCGGAGAAGAUACGCUGCACGACGCGGUCAAAGAUUAUUUCGCCCUUGACAACGUAGGCAUUACGGCACCGACAAAGGAACUGUUAUCGGUAGAAGACGAGCGUGCUAUGGCGAUCCUACGUUCUAAUACACACUUUGAAUGUGGUCGAUACACUACGCGCCUACUAUGGAAAUAUGACGACAUACGAUUACCGAACAACAAAGCUAUGGCACUUAGACGCCACGAUUGCCUCUUGAAAAGAAUGACACGUGAACCAGCCUUAGGUGAAAUACUGAAGAAGAAGAUAGCCGAUUACGCGCAGAAAGGGUAUAUCCGCAAACUUUCGUCUGACGAAAUACGGCAACGUGGCAAUCGUACUUGGUACCUUCCCAUUUUUCCUGUUUUCAACCCGAAUAAACCGGGCAAAGUUCGUAUAGUUUGGGAUGCCGCUGCUGCUGUAGCUGGCACGUCGCUGAACUCGGUACUCCUAAAGGGUCCAGACCACCUGGAACCUCUGCCAUUCGUACUGCAUAAAUUUCGUGAGCGCUCUAUGCGGAGACAUCGAAGAAAUGUUCCACCGUGUCAAGAUAAGUGA